CCUGAUGAAUUUAACAUGUGUUCAGCAGCGAAGAGAGCAAUUACGUUGACGGCUGGCUAAGCGGUGUAUUGCUGAUUCUCCCAGGUUUUCUUCAAAAUUUUGCCAUCAAUAUCACUUUAAAUACAACACCAAGGUUAUGUCAACUGCAAAGAGAAGGAGAUGGCAUAUUCCUGCCUCUGUCACAGCCAAAACAACAUUCAACCCAAUAAGAUCUAUUGUAGAUAGAAUGAAGAUAACACCAAACCCUGAGAAACAGAUGAUUGCUUUGUCUAUUGGGGACCCAUCGGUGUUUGGAAAUUUGGAACCUUGUCCUGAGAUGAUUGACGCAGUUGUCAAGUGUGUAAAACAGUCCAAACAUAAUGGAUAUGCUCCUUCAACAGGUUAUAUCAAAGCACGUGAGGCCAUUGCUGCAGAACAUUCCUUUCCCUUAUCUCCAAUAACUUACAAGGAUGUUGUUUUGGCAUGUGGAUGUUCUGGCGCUUUGGAGCUCGCUCUCGAUGUCCUCCUUAAUCCUGGUGACAAUGUUCUUCUACCCAAACCAGGCUUCUCUAUUUACCAGACACUAAGUAUUUCACGAGGUCAUGAAGUCAGGCAUUACAACCUCUUGGUAAGAAAUAAAAAGAUCUCUAACUACUUUGCAAAAGGAUUGUUUUCUUCUGUUGUACAUUUGGCAUAAGAAAGAUAAUUAUGUAUUACAUGUAAAUAAAAAGUAAUUUCACACCUAAACUAAGAUCUUUUCAAACUGUACGACCUAAAAAUUUUUUUUAAUCUGUGGCAACAAGAUGAUGCCAGAAUGUCAUGUACUCAGUAGUGUUUAAAUUUCUUUUUAAAUGUUUCUAUAGAUCUUUAAUCAAUUUGUGUUAUAAAAAUUUAACUUGCACUUUUCAUGUAACAAAUAAAGGCAAAAUCCUACUAAUUCAAGAUGGGAUUCUGCCAAUAAACUAUAGCUGGAAGAUUCUGGGUGGGAUUCCACCGAAAAUAAUAAAUUUAAAUCAAAUUACUCAUGAUCAGGUGUCAAGGCAACUACAAAUACACUGUACGCAAGCCCUUUCUAAAACUGCCCGAAACUUCUCCAA